GUUUGAUGUAAACAAUACAAUUUAUGUUUUGUUGAGGAUUUCUAUUUAGAAAAAUAUAUAUUCCAAUAAUGGUGUGCACUUUAUGUCUAGAAGAUGAAUCAACUGUUGCACGCUUUGUUGGGAUCUUCUCCAAGGAAGGUACUAAUUGGGGUGUCGGCAGUAUAAUAUCCCAACAUCUGUGGUUAAAACUCGAGAAGGAGACUUGCGAUGGUCAACGAAUAUGUUGGACGUGUUGGGAAGCUUUGCGAGAUUUUCAUGUAUUUUACUUAAGAAUAGCUGAGCUACAUAAUCAUGUUGAUUCAAAAAGGUUUAAAGUUAUUAACGAGGAAGCUAAUAAAGACCCAUUUCUUCAAGAUAUCCAAUUAAAGUCUGAGAUUCAAAAUGCAGAGCAUAACUUAGAAAUUCUUCAUUCCUCGGACAACUUAGUUGCAUCUGAAGUAAAAAUAGAGGUUCAGGAGUUCGAGUCGCUGGCUGCAAUAGAAAUCAUCGAAAGAAAUAAAACUAAAGGCAUACAGCUGAGAAGUCGCCGUGGACGCCCUCGGAAAGUUAAGGAUAUAAAGGAGGCAACAACAAUUAAAUAUAAUACCAAUGCAAUUACCUCAUCUUCUAUAGAAAACGACAUUGAUUCCGAAACCGAAUUGCCUUUAUCCAUAUUAAUGAAAGACUCUACUCUAAUUAUUGGGAUGAAAGAAAACAGAUGCGCCUUAGAAGCUGCAGAUGAACAUGAUGAUAUGAUGGCUGGAAUGAAUGUUCCAAAUAGCACAAGUGAACCUCUAAAAAGACGUAGGGGUAGACCUAAAAAAAAUGUUGAAAACAAAAUUGUACUUCCUUCCUCACAUCCUGACAAAAAAGAUAAUGCAACGAGCUUGGAAAUAAAAGUAGAAAGUUCCGCAUUUGAUAGCGAUUUGGAAUGCACUAAUAAUGCUCAUGAAAUAAGUUGUGAGAUAGCCGGUAUAUCUGGAACAGACGAUAGUGACAAUUCAAGCAGCGACAACGAAGGAUCUGACGACAGUUAUGAACCAAAGCAGAAAUAUGCUUUCAUACCAAAAAAGAAGGUGGUCAAACCUAAAAAAUAUCGGAAACGCGAGAAGCCACUUAUUCCUGUUAAGCAUAAGUCGCGUGAAGAAAUCGAAGCAAGGAAGGCAGAACAAGAAGAGUACGAAAGGGUUAUUAAAAGUUUUUUCGGUCAAUUUAUAUGUCCAAUAUGUGAGGCGCUUGUGCAUAAUUUCACCGAGAUACGUGAGCAUUUCCGUUUUGCACAUAAUGUUGAUCCGGGAUAUAUGAUGUGUUGUGGCCGUAAAUUUACCCAGAGGAAAUCAUUAGCAGAACACAUUUAUUUACAUUGGAAUCCAGAACAUUUUAAAUGUAAGACAUGUGGGCAAGUUUGCAAUAACAGUCGAAAUCUAACCGAACAUGAAGAAUCUCACAUUGAUCCAGAUAAAGUGAAGGAAAAGAAGACUUUUCAGUGCGAUGGAUGUCAAAAUGUAUAUGCUACUAAAGCAGCAUUGCAGCAACACACAUUUUCGAAACAUGUACCAAAAUCAGAAUUUAAGCAUGCAUGCACCGAGUGCAAUAAAAAACUACCAACAAGCCGGUCUCUUCAAGAUCACGUCAAAACCGCUCAUGGCCCACGAAGUACAGUUAUAUGUGACAAAUGCGGCAAGCAAGUACGUAGUAGUUAUUUGAAAAAACAUCACCAGUUAGAGCAUUUCGAUGAACCCCGCCCCACUCCUGAACCCCAACAAUGUCAAAUAUGUGGUGCAUGGCUUCGACAUCAGGCUGGACUUAAACAACAUAUGAAAUCUCUACACGAAGAUGUGGGUGGCGAACAUCGCUGCCAAAUUUGUAACAAAGUUUCCACAAAUGCUCGUGCUCUCAGACGACAUGUUUAUCUCAAUCAUGAAUGUGAACGGAAAUUCAAAUGUACAAUGUGUGAAAAAGCUUUCAAACGUCCACAAGAUCUAAGAGAGCAUACAUCAGUACAUACCGGAAAAGUGUUAUACACUUGUCCUAAUUGUCCAAUGACAUUCUUCUCCAGUGCUAAUAUGUAUAAACAUAGGCAGCGUUUACAUCGCGCCCAAUACGAAGCGGAUAGAAAGAAACCACGGCAUACUUUUAAUAUAAUGGCGGAAUCGAAAGGCCGAACAGAAGGAAAGCUUCCGAAUACAAGUUCUAAUUCUACUAACAGUGUCUAAAUUUAAUAUUUAUAUAAUUGUUUUGAAAAU